CAAAAUGACAGCAGCAGAUAAAGAAUAACUUUUUCUUUUAUUUUUCAAGUAAUUACAGUUUUUCUUGCAAGCUCGAAAUUUUCUAAUGGGAUAAAUCCAUUUUAAAGUUAUGGCUUAUAUUAACGUAGCUGAAUGGUCACCAGACCAAGUAACCGAUUGGAUUAAAGGUCUGGAUGAUUGCAUGUACAACUACGUUUACUCGUUCAUUAAUAAUGGAGUGGGAGGUCAUCAAUUGCUUAAUAUUAGACCUUAUGAGUUGGAGCAGUUAGGGAUGAAUUCCAUUGGUCACCAGGAGAUUGUAUUGGAAGCUGUUGAAAAUCUAAGGAAUUUUCACUACAAUUUGGACAAAGAGAACCUGCAGUUUAUGGCUUUGCAUGUUGCGACAGCUGCCCGAAGUUUGCACAGGCUGCUAGCACUGAAAAGUGGUUCUUCUAUGAUCGAAACACAGAUACUGAAUGAUAUUACAAGAACAAUAGCCAGAAUAAAGCCAUUGAUUGGAUGGCUAGAUCGUUCUCCUUUUCAGGGUCAGUUCCAGUUCACAGAAAUCUGUCGCAAAAUGUUAAGACUAGGUCUUGAAAUGGCGACCAUCGCCCAAAGAGAACGUUUUGUGGAAAAUCCAGUCGAACAAAUUCGCACAACUGCAGAGACAUUAGAACGUUUAGCUAACUAUAUCAUACAAGAUAUAACCGAUCCAAUGCUGUUGCAACCCGCUUCAUUGAAUUUAGUGACACUUAAAAAGCGAGAAUCAGAACUAGGAUUUAACAUUGAAACGAGCUAUCACGGUAUUCAUCGCGUAACUGACAUCAAACACAACUCGCCAGCUCAUAACUCUGGAAAAAUUGAAGAUGGAGACGAGAUUGUACAAAUUAAUUACCAAACAAUCGUUGGCUGGCAAUACAAGACGGUCCUUUUACAGUUGAGAGAGUCUUUACCAGACGUUCUGCUGACAUUGAAAAAGCGCCCAAAACACACUAAGAUCUACGGACAGAUUUACAUGCAACCAUACCGUUUGCCAAGCAAAAAGCGAAACGUUGGUUCACGUUGGGGGGAAAACGUACCAAGCCCGAGGCCAGGAUUCUUAUCUGUGCCAGAGAAUUCGUUCAAACUUCCACUAUUGUUGAAUACAGACAAUGAGAAAACAGACGACGGAGACACAGACUCCAUAUGCAGUGACAUAUUGACGCCGACUGACGCGAAGGUGGUGGAAAAGGAAAGCCGACUAUACUAUCCGAAACCAAGAGCAAUGCUUCAAAGACGUAAUACAAUUUGUGGCGACGAAUUGUUGGGGCAUAAAAAUGUUGUGGGAGUUCCGCUUUGGCAUGACCCUAAGGCGGGUACUGGUGGAGAUCCCUCGUCACCCAGUUUACGCGAUAAGUCAGUUUCCUUUGGAUUUGGUUUGGAAAUCACUCCUCGUCCUACCACUUGUAUUGGCAUUGGUAGCAGCAGCGGUGGUAAUGGGAAAUUCUCCAACGAUGUCAAAACUGGAGUUGCGCAAUUUGGCGACUCCCUUAAGCUACGUCAAGUCGUAGAACAACCUAACGAAGAACAAGAAGCCACUUCUAAACCAGGUGUAUGUAAGGUAGUUCGCUUCGAUGCAAAUAUGAAAGUGGAAGAUUAUCAAAUUGAUGAAAAAUACACAUGUAAUGUCCAAAAUACGAUUCUCGAAACUUUUGAGCCCAUACCUUUCGCCGAUGAAGAGGACGAGGAGGACAUUCUUCAAGCUCUCCGAAAUACAACGGGCCAGAAAGACCAAAAUACAGAAGACAGAGAUCACAUGUUAGCAUCGUCCAACAAUGUCCAACUAGUCGAAACAGUAAAUGUGCCUAUUGUUGUAAGACGUGGCAGACUGGAUAAGAGCCACAGUACACCUGCCUACGACAAUUCUGGCGAAGAUUCAGAUACACCUCCUGCAAUUGAACCACGUAAGGAUUUUCUUUUAAUAACACCACCAGUACCCCCACCCCGCCCCAGAAAACAUGGUGAUCCAGCUUUAAAUGUUGUUCCAGUGCCGCCACCAAAACCACCAGGUCUACUCGCAGCCAUUACAGCUGCAGCAGCCUUAAAUGUUAAUACAAAUGCCCAAUCUCCACAUAUAUCAAGUAAUUUUGGUAUGUCGGUACAAACUCCCCCCAUUAGCAACCCUGACGAAGAUGACAAGUCAUUUCUCUCCAGUACCAGCACUUUAUCACUAUCCACACCUCACGAUAACCCACAUGAAGUGAGUGGUGAACUGCAUACACCCACUAAAGCACGAUCACUGACAUUGAAAAAGAAACAUAGUCUUAUUAGCAAAAGGAGAAAUGUUAAUCUGAAGUUGCUUGGUACUGGCGACAUUCAAGGCUUUCUGUACCGGCGCACAAAGGACAAACGGGGCGUUACAUUUUGGGCGCGCUUGUAUUUUGUGAUGCUUGAUACGAUUCUCUAUGGUUUUCGUUCAAAAGAAGCAACGAAAGCUAGCUGUGUUAUAUUCUUACCGGGAUUUACAGUGUCACUGGCAAAGGAAGUCCACUCAAAGCCAUAUGCUUUUAAGGUGUAUCAUUCUGCAAAAACGUUUUAUUUUGCUGCAGAAUCCCUGGACGCUCUUAAUCAAUGGGUUGAAUUUAUUCGACAAUCUACGCUGAGCAUGAGUUCGCCAGCCGCCGGAAACUCGGUUUCAUUAAACGAAAUUAGUACGAAAGAGUUAUUUUCAGAGAACGAAAGUUCUGGUGAGGAAAACGAAUCGACAGUAACAAAAAACCUGUGUACGCCUUCACCUCAAGGCUCUAGAGAGGUUCAACAAGUAUUAAGUGUCUCCAAAACUUCGUCUACGACGCCCACUUCGACAAAAAGUGACCGGCGAUAUUUGGGUUCCUUAAGAAAACUUACGAAGGGAUCUCUGGCCUUUAAAAGUUCCAACGCUAGCGAUAAGAAGCAGUCGAAUGAUAUUCCGGUGCCAACAGAUCAAUUUCGCUCAUACCGUAAAGUGCCCGGAGGAAGUUUUGGCAUUCAAAUUGGAGCAAAUACACCUGGCUAUCAUGACACUUCUUUGCAUCCAUUCAAUUCUACACAAAAAAAUAUUUCUGAAGAUAUCCAACCCCAGCGUAGCUCUCAGCAAACAAAACUUCAGAGCUGUUCCUCCAUUCUAGCCCCAUCGGAAAUAGUUAUAUCUCCUCCGCAACCACUACCGUCAACACCACAGCAAUACAACAAUCGACGAUUAAUGCACUCUACUAGCCGCUGCUCAAUAGUUAGCAAUUCAGAUUCUGCAACAAUGGGAUUGGGGCCGCCAUCGACGCCAGCCCCUGUUCCAGAUGUACCUUUGAGGGUUUCUACACCGCCACCAUCAACUUCAACUUCCGUAUUUAAUUAUGAACCUCAGUCUCCGGGAAGAGAUGACAAUUCGGCGGAACCACAAUCAAAUCUAAUAAGUCCCUGCAAGAGCAUCAAAAAAAUACCCUACAAUUACAUACACGCUUCUAAUCCGAACUUAGUGGAAUUCGAUUUUCAAACUUCUAGAACCCUAGACUACAACUUACCAAAAAUAAAUUCCAGUAAUGCAUGGGAGGCACUUCCAAAUAUUCAAGGAUUUGUGACCCUCAAGGACUUGAUGUUACAAAAGCAAGAAGAGGAGGCUCAGGAAAUGUACAACAAUCGCGUGUUGUUGGGUGUAGAGAAGAAAGAGGAACACAGACGUCAAGCGGCAUACAAACAGGCAACCCUAUCAAGGCAAUUAGUAGACUGCAGUCAACGCUCAACCAACACAGCUGGUGAUGCAAAGGUCUCAAAGACACAAAGUCGUAGUCUACCAAAACCUCCAGAUUAUGAAAUAAGCUUUAAGCCUGAUGACGAAGACAUUCAACUAACACGUUCCAAGGAAGGUCUUAAAUUAAGGGAUUUUGGUUAUGAGCUAAUAUCUGGCGAUGAACCUUUAGGUGGCGGCUGUGGCGGCACCUUUUCUUCGUCACACUCUAGAAAUCGAUUAUCGACGUCUCGACAAUUUUCCAAUCAUUCAACAAGUAGUGCAGAACAUUUGGAGCCCACUAGCAGCGGUCACGGCAGUAACUGGGCUUCCGCUAUGAAAUCACGCCCAUUUUUAUUAACUUCCAGUAAAAACAAAAAACAUUCAACCAGCAGUAGUUGCUCUGCUGCUGAUUAUGCCACAAACGGUUCCGAAAGACGUCUGGGAAGCUUUAAGAAAAAGGGAAAGUUGGAGUCCUUCAAAACGUCGAGUGAAAGAAUUUUCCAAUUUGGCAAACACUCAACUAGCAACACAGCUGGUAUUACAAUGACAUUGCCCUUAAACAAAAAGUCAAACCAUCACAAUGUCAUCGAUGCAGGUGUUACGGGCAGCGGCAGUAGCGGUAUCAAAAAGAGCCAAACAUACAAUAACGAUCUAAAAGAAAAGGCAGACAAAUAUGAUGCUCAGCGCAAGAAUUCGGCACCCAUGCCAAUUUUUUCAAAACUCAGCUUUUCUUCUGGCUCCUCGUCUACAUCCGGUAGCAAUUUUAACGCUAAAAACGAAAACAAAAAAGAAAAGAAACAUUCCAGUUCUCCGUUGUUUCACCGCACAGUUUUUGGUCAUCACAAUCAGGCACACAUACAGCAAAUCGUAUCCAUACCUUCAACACCUACAAGCACCACUUGUAUGGGUCGUGAUUACGAUCAAGAGAUCUUUGCUCAAGUCAUAUUUCCAAAUCAGACACCAAACUAUCGCAAGCACUCGAUUACAUCGUCAUUAUCGAAUAAUGCUAUCCUAUCCGCCCCUGAUACAACAGCUCCUCCUCCCCCCAUCAAAUCUUCAAACGCAAAUGUGAUAGAUUUUGCAGUCUCGUCGCCAUCAAAUACUUCAUUAACGGCUACCACCGAAUAUCCAAAUAUGGAAUGUCCGCCAGUCUUUGAACCUGACAUUUAUUCUCUUACCGAUCCAAAUGCCAGUUUACUACUCAGACGCAACAACAAUAACAACGCAAGCACUAGUAAUAGCAUCACCAGCAACACCAAGUCGCAGGGUAGUGAAACGGAAAUGAAUUGAAAUUGAACAAGUCAAAGAUUUUCAAAAUGUUUGAUGGUUUUUUUUAAUGAAAAUUUAUUUGUAAAUAUACAUGCAUACAUACAUUAUUAUAUUCUUACAUACACAUUAAUUAGCAUGGAUGUGAAUUCACAUUUGUGCGUCAUAUUCGUUUAACAAUUAAAAAAUA